CAAAAUAAAUUGUGAAGUGCGCGGAUCGGCCGUGUAGCUGAAUUUUCUAAUUUACUUCUCGUUUACUUGUUUUGAGCGUUGUUUUGGCGUAUUUUUAACGUAUUAUUUCAACUGAACGGGACAUAAAAUAAGAGUAAUAAUGUUUAAGAAUAAUGAAAUGAGAAUUUAAUCACGACUUUUUAAACACAGUGGGAAGUAAACAUUAGCACUGGACAAUUUCCAUGGAAAAUAUCAACACAGGCUUCAACUUUGUUUGAUGCCAUCACGACAAUAAUCGUCAUAUCGUAUAGGUAUCACGCACCAAUCAAAGACUGAUUUUACGUAGACAUUCCGACCAAGACAUGCGAUAGCCAUGUUCAAGCUUCUAGGAGGACUUAGCGUGUACUUCAAGUACCAGCCAAUCAAGACUGACAAUGCCGUGUUUAGGCUGCACAAUGUGUUUACGACGGUACUGCUACUGACCUGUUCGAUGAUCAUCACGGCCACGCAGUAUGUGGGACAGCCGAUACACUGUAUAUCGGGACCAGGUCUACCCAAUCAUGUGGUCAACACGUUUUGUUGGAUCACGUCGACGUUCACUAUGCCCGAUGCGUUUGCUAGAGAGGUGGGCAAGGAAGUCGCGCAUCCGGGUAUCAUGAACGAGUACGACAGUACGCAAGCGAAGAAGUACUACUCGUACUACCAGUGGGUGUGCUUCGUGCUGUUCUUCCAGGCAAUAAUGUGUUACACGCCCAAGUACCUUUGGGACGCCUUUGAAGGAGGCUUGCUGAGGACCAUAGUGAUGGGUCUCAAUAUAGGCAUCUGUCACGCGGAGGAGAAAGAGAAGAAGAAGGACGUCAUCAUUGGGUACCUCAUCAGGCAUGAAAGGAGACACAAGCUCUAUGCGUUCCGAUACUGGGGCUGCGAGAUGCUCUGCCUCGUGAACAUCGUCGUCCAGAUGUGGAUGAUGGACAGCUUCUUCAAUGGCGAGUUCCUCUCGUAUGGUACCAGGGUGCUGGGGUACAGCGAAGUGCCUCAGGAAGAGAGGUACGAUCCAAUGAUCUACGUGUUUCCGCGCGUCACAAAGUGCACAUUCCACAAAUAUGGUGCGUCUGGAACAAUACAGACGCACGACAGCCUCUGUGUGUUACCGCUUAACAUCGUGAAUGAGAAGACCUUCAUAUUCCUAUGGUUCUGGUACAUCAUACUCGCCGUGAUCCUAGCGUUACUCGUCAUUUAUAGGCUAGUAAUAAUCUUCGUGCCGUCCGUCCGACCGAGACUACUCCACGCGAGGUCUAGGACGAUACCGAUAGAGUCAGCAUUGAUAGUGUCCAGACGGACGGACGUGGGCGACUGGUGGUUGUUGUAUAUGCUCGCGAGGAAUAUGGACCCGCUUAUUUAUAGGGAACUAAUAGCGGAACUAAUAAAGCGUAUGGGCGAGAAGAGCGGACCGCGCGCGUGACGCACGAAGCGGCCGCGGGACAUAGCCGUGCUAGCCGUGUGACGUCACACCACAACACUGUAUAUAUAGCUGAAGUACCCUCCAGUAUAUUUGUGGAGGUAGUUGGAUAUAGGAAGUACCCUCGAGUAAAUGUAAUAUGGAUAUAUUGUAAGGGUGCCCUCGAAUAAACUUGAUAUAGAAACUUCUGAUUUGAGGGUAGAUGGAUAUAUUGAAAGUGUGCCCUCGAGUAGUUGGGGGUAGUUGGAUAUAUGAAGUACCCUCGAAAUUUGAUAUGGAUAUAUAUACUAAGUAACUUCUGAUUCUAAAAUAUUGACGAUUAAAACUAAAAUCGAUAAAGGGAGCUAAUAAAGCGUAUGGGCGAGAAGAGCGGGCCGCGGGACAUCUCCGUGCUAGCCGUGUGACGUCACAACACAACACUGUAUAUAUAGCUGAAGUACCCUCCAGUAUAUUUGUGGGGGUAGUUGGAUAUAAGAAGUACCCUCGAGUUAAAUUGUGGGGGUAGUUGGAUACAUGAAGUACCCUCGAGUAAAUGUAAUAUGGAUAUAUUGUAAGGAUGCCCUCGAAUAAACUUGGUAUAGAAACUUCUGAUUUGAAGGUAGAUGGAUAAAAUGACAUGAUUUUUUUCUAAAAUAGCCUUUAUUAUAACUAAAAUCGAUAAAAGGAACUAAAAGCCAAGCUAAUAAAGAACGAUGAGAGAACAUUGUUUGUCAAUAUUAUGGUUAAAAUUUUUGUUAAUAUCCAAAUAUCUUCUUUGGUUUUAAUUUUUGAUAGUGUUUUCAAAUGAAUCACGUUUAAAAUCUGUUGAAAAUAUUUUCUGAAUAUUUAAAAUUACUAUGAGGGUAGAAUUAUAUUUUCAGCUACCCGCCAUUAAGGUGAAAUUAAAAUAAAGAUGUGGGUUUCUACCCUACGUUACGUCUGAUACUGGCCUUAAGUGUAAAUACAGUUUCCUUUGCGUAGUUUUUAAAUGUUGCUGAUAUAAGUAAUUAUCGAAUUACACUAAGAAUUCAACUCGAAAUUUGUACUGUGACUAGAGAGAGAAAUACUCGGUAAAAAGUGUUAUUUU